GACCGGACAGGACAGAGAAAAAACGCAGAAGCUUGGGAACGAUUUAUGCAGAGGUUAUUGGGAUGGAGGAAGCAAGGAAAGUAGGCACCACCUGGGUCACGGCCAAGACAAAGGCUCGAAGAAAUAGAAGAGACACAGACGUGCGAGGGGAGGAAUUGCAGAUGGAAAGUUGUUCUCUGUCAGAUGGGUGCAUCCAACACCAGAAUGAGGUGAUUCGAAAGCAGCUACAGAUGGGGGAAGUGAGAGAGCUGUUUGUGAUGGGGCAGACUUUGGGGAUUCAAUGCCAACAAAAUGAUGAAGAGGUGAUCUCUAGGUUGGCGGCUUUAGAGGAGAGGGAUGGAGCCACCUUCGGACUGGGCAAUUCAGGAGGUUUGUUGUCUAUAUGGAAUAAGAGCAAUUUUGUUAAAGAAAGAGUGAUAGAAGGAAAUGGUUUUAUUGGGAAUUCAGGGGAGUGGGGAAAGCAGCGGUUGAAGUGUAACCUGGUUAAUGUGUAUGCUCCAUGUGAUAGGCAAAGGAAGGCUAUGUUGUGGGAGGAGUUGGGUAGUUUAGUACUGGAAGAGGGUGGUAGAUGGCUCUUAGCAGGGGCUUUUAACGCAGUAAGGAAUGUGGCAGAGAGGAAGGGGAGACUAGGUGAGACACAGGACAUGGGAGAUUUUAAUCAAUUCAUUGAGGAGUGUGGGUUAAUAGAUGUUAGACUGAGGAAUAGGAAAUUCACCUGGUACAGACCCGAUGGUUCUUCAAUGAGUAGGUUGGAUAGGGUUUUGUUAUCCACAGAAAUGAGUUUAUUGGAUAGAGAGUGGGUUCAAGUUGGUAUGCGAAGAUCGAUUUCAAAUCAUUGUGCACUGAUUUUGACGUCAAGAAAUACAGAUUGGGGUCCCAAGCCUUUUCGAGUACUUGACGCAUGGCAACAACACCCCAAUUUCAAAGGUUUUGUGGAGGAUAAAUGGAAGACUUUGCAGAUUGAAGGAUGGGCGGCUUUCAAAUGUAAACAGAAGCUGAAAUUAGUAAAAAAUGAAUGCAAGGGGUGGAAUAGAGGGGUGUUUAGUAAUGUGGAGAUUCAACUGGAUACACUGUUAAAGCAUAUUGAGAGGUUGGAUAAAAAAAGUGAGGCAAAGGAGCUGAGCGAAAAUGAGGUGCUAUUGAGAAAGAAAUGCUUUCAGGAGAUGUGGGACAUUUUUCGAAGGAAAGAAGCUGUGUGGAAGCAAAAAUCAAGGAACAAUUGGGUUCGUUUGGGUGAUGCAAAUACAGCUUUUUUCCACAGAUGUGUGCAGACAAGGAGGGCACAGAAUGCAAUAUCUGGUAUCUUAGGGGAGGAGGGAUGGAUUGAGGAACCCAAGUUAGUUAAGGCAAAGGCAGUUAAAUAUUUUAAUGAGUUAUUUCACAAGGAACAGUGGAGUCGGCCUGUAAUGGGAGGGAUCCAAUUUCGUAAAAUCUCUACAGCACAAAAGGAGUGGCUAGAACGACCUUUUUCCAUAGAGGAAAUUGAAGAGGGUCUUCGAAGCUGUGAUGGGUCAAAGGCACCAGGCCCAGAUGGAUACAAUUUCAAUUUUAUAAAGUUUGCUUGGAACACGUUGAAGGAUGAUUUUGUGAAUUUUUUGAUAGAAUUCCAUCAACAUGGGAGGUUGAAGAGGGUAAUGGCAGAUAUUAUAAGUGAGUCACAAUCAGCUUUUGUUGGAGGUCGUCAGUUGGUGGACAGUGUGUUGGUUUUGAAUGAGGUAGUUGAUAAGGUGAAGAGAAAGAAACAGGAGAGCUUUAUUUUUAAGGCUGACUUUGAAAAAGCAUAUGAUUGUGUGGAUUGGGACUUUCUUGAUUGGAUGAUGGACAGAAUGGGGUUUGGAGUUAAAUGGAGAAAGUGGAUUUGGGAAUGUCUCUCAACAGCCAGGAUUUCUAUUUUACUAAACGGAAGUCCGACGUCGGAAUUUUCAAUUAGCAAAGGUCUUCGACUAGGUGAUCCUUUGUCCCCUUUUCUGUUUUUAUUAGUAGGUGAAGGGCUGUGUGGGCUGGUGAAAAAAGCAGAGAGUGAAGGGUUGUUGAAAGGUCUGGAAAUUGGGAGGGGUGGUAUGGAGUUGUCAUUAUUACAGUUUGCAGAUGAUACUGUUUUUAUGGGAAAGGCAUGUGCAGGGAAUUUAAAGGUUGUGAAAGCCAUUUUGCACUGGUUUGAACUGAUUUCAGGAUUAAAGAUAAAUUUUAGCAAAAGUCAUUUGUAUGGGUUUAACACUUCAGAAGGGUGGUUAAAGGGAGCAGCUCAUAUCUUGCAUUGUGGGGUAGGAAGGGUGCCUUUUAUCUACCUUGGUUUGCCGGUUGGAGGGAAUCUGGGGAGGAAAAAGUUUUGGAAUUCUGUUCUGGAUCGUUUUCGUCAUAAGCUCGCCACUUGGAAAAGCCCACUACUGUCCUUUGGAGGCCGGAUUACAUUAAUUAACUUGUCCGAAAAGAAGAUUUCUUGGGUUAGUUGGGAUUCUUUGUGUGUGGAGAAGGGAAGAGGGGGAUUAGGAGUAGCUGAUUUAGAGAGGAGAAAUUUUGCUUUGCUGGGUAAAUGGUGGUUUAGACUAGGUGAUGGGGUGGAUGGUUUAUGGAAGAGAGUGAUUUGGGAGAAAUAUUAUGGGGGGAGGAGAGAGGUGGAUAUCACUUCUUUUGAAUCUUUGACGAUGUCUCGUGUGUGGAAGGAUAUUGUGAGUGUGGGUAGAGGGUUUGCAAGGUUAGUGGAGAUGUUAGUAAAAGGCUUUAAAUGGAAAGUUGGUGAGGGAAGAUUUGUAGAUUUUUGGAGGGAUAAAUGGGUGGGAGAUAAGUCCCUGAAAGAUUUAUUUCCGAGGUUGUUUGCGUUAACUACUAUUAGGGAGGGAAGGUUGAAGGAUAUGGGUUUUUGGAGGGGUGAUACUUGGGUAUGGGAUUGUAGAUGGCGACGUGGAUGUGUAGGGAGGGCUGUUGGUGAGGAGGGACAAUUUAGGGAAAUGAUUAAUGGGGUAAGGUUGAGGAGGGAGGAAGCAGAUUCUUGGCAAUGGCUUCAUGGUAGAGAUGGUAUUUAUUCUGUAAAGGCAGCUUAUGAUUUUUUAUCACCGAAAGUUUGUGUUCUGGAUGAGAAUUGGUCUCGGAUUAUUUGGAGUAAAUAUGUUCCUUCUAAGUUGAGUGUUUUUGGGUGGAGAUUAUUUUUGGAUAGGUUGGCCACUAAAGAGAAUUUGUAUAAGAGAGGAAUUUCGUUGACAGGUGGGGAUGUUAGUUGUGGAUUUUGUCAUGAGGGGGUGGAGGGGCUUCAUCAUAUUUUUUGUGAGUGUGAAGGGGUGUGGUUAGUAUGGAUGAAGGUUUUGGGAUGGUGGGGUUUACAAAGUGUUUUGCCAAAUGAUAUAUUUGGUUUGGCGGAGUCGGUGGUGUAUGGAAUAAGAGGGGGAUGCUUGAAGGAGCUGGAAGCCCUUAUUUUUUUGGUAACUGCUUGGUUAGUGUGGUACUGGAGGAAUAUGAAAGUGUUUGGACCAGUUUUACAGGCUGAAGUGAGGUUAUUGGAAUCUAUUCAAGCAAAAUCUUUUUUAUGGAUUAAAAAUAAAGAGCCAGGAUGUGUGUUUUCUUAUACAGAUUGGAUAUCAAGACCUAUGGAUUGUAAAGAAGCCAUAGUUCAACAUCGUCAUAAUCUGAAGAAAUACAAGAAGAUGCAGUGCAUUGUGAUCUAAGCUACUUGGGGUUUUUUUUGAGUUAUUGUGGCACCGUUUCUAAUUGUUUUUAGCUAUUGGACAAUUGUUUUCUUUUGCACUUUUGAUUUUUUCUCUUCUGUUGAUGUAGUGGUUUAACGUUUGUAUUUGGAGGUGGAGUAUCCCUUAUACUCCGAGAGGAAUAUAAUGACUAUUUGUUU